UGGCAUUCCUUUAGUUUUUGUUUUGAUUGUGGACACACGUGUUUCGCGAAUACUUUCUUGAAAAAAAGUUGAAUUCCUCAAUAUGUCCGACAAAUAUGCCGUGCCCAAUAAAUUACCUGGCAAAACGGUCUCGGUGCUUAAGCACCGCAAGAGGCGCAUUCAGCAGGAUCAGUCGGUUAUUGAACAAAAGCGCACGGAUCGCAUUAAACGCAUAAGGAACGCCCGCACACAUCAUAAGUUCAAACGCGCCGAGUCCUUCGUAAUGGGCUACCUGAAGGCCGAACGCACAUCCAAACGCAUUAGGCAAACAAUUCUACGCACAAAUAUUACAGAACAAAGCGCCAAAGCUGCUGCAGAAACGAAUCCCAGACUGCUCCUAGUCAUGCGUCAUGCGGGUAAAAAGAUCUUUGACAAAACCACCACAGAAAUAUUUAAAACGCUGCACAUGGGACAAAGGCACAAUGCCGUCUUUCUGGAGAACAGCAAGGAGAAUCAAUUGCUGCUGCGCGUUAUCGAGCCCUUUGUGGUCUAUGGCUUUCCUACGCUGAGCACCAUACGCGAGCUACUGUUCAAGAAGGGUUUUGCGCGUAUCGACGGUAAAAAGACGGCUAUACAGUCGAACACCAUGGUUGAGGAGCAGCUGGGCGAUAAGGGUAUUAUCUGCUUGGAGGAUAUCAUACAUGAAAUCUAUACAGUGGGACCCAACUUCGACGCCGUCAAGGAAUUUCUGUGUUCUUUUAUGCUAUCAAGUCCCCGCGACGGCUGGAAGAAAAAGGUCUCCGUCUCGUUCAAGCGCGGCGGCGAGUACGGGGAUCGUGGCAACGGCAUUAAUGAACUGGUUGCGCGCUGCCUCUAAAACUUUAACCU